AUGGUAAUAAUUAUUGUAAUUGUAUUAUUAUUUCUUUUCAAAAUAAUAUGCUGUAAUAAUAAUAAUAAUGAGCAUAUCCCUUAUGAUAAAACUUAUGAAUACUUAGUAAAUAUUUCAAAAAAUAAUAAUAGAUUAGUAUGCGUACAAAAGGAGUAUAAUAAUUUAAUAUAUUAUACACACAAUAAUGAAUGUGACCCUCAUAAUACUUUUAGUUUUUCUUUUAAUUCUACAUUUAAUUUUGAUGAAGAAUUUUAUAUCUAUUAUAAAAAUAAUAAAAAAUCAUUUAUUGAAACGGAAAUAAGCCCAUAUAUGGCUAUAGGGUCAUGUAUAAAUUGUUUAUUUUUAGACGAGAUAAAUUUGUUAAGCUUAUAUGGAUAUACAUUUAUAUACAAUAACUCAGACGACUAUUAUUAUAAAACCUAUUACAAAGGUAUCCUAGAUUUAUAUCAUGAUUCAAAUUUUUAUACCAACAAAAAUAAGACACUUUCAAAUUCGAAUGAAAACAAUUUAGUUGAAAAGGAAGGCAGUACAAAGAAUGAAACAGAGACAGAGACAGAGACUGAAACAAGUGUUGUGCCAUAUAUUAGUGAUGAGGAUGAUAACACCAAUUUAGUAACAGACUCAGAAAAUGGACUAAACAAUAGUGAAAUAGAAAAGUUAGACAAAUUUUUAAAAGAUAAUACAAUACAUUAUGCAAAUGAUGAAAUAAAUAAAGAAAAUGCUAAAUCAAAUUUUUAUGAUUAUUCUUUAAAUAAAAAGAUUAUAAAUGAUUUUUUUAUGAACUUUAAAGAAACAACAAAAGGGAAUGAAUAUACAAAUAGAAAUGUAUCCGUUGAUAAUUAUAAGGACACAUCAUUUAUUGAUACACUAACUAAUAUUGUAUAUAAAAAAAAUGAAUGUAAAACAUAUAUGAGUGAUAUAAAUAAUCAAAAAAUAUGGUCAAAUAUUAUUUUUAUUAAUUUUACAAAAAAUCUAAAUAUUUUAUCCCAUAUUGAAAGAUAUAGUGGGACAUACAAGCAACUUAAGGAUACAUCAUUAGGUCGUGUAAAUAAUGAAUGGAGUAAAAAUAAAUCUAAAAUUAAUGAAUAUAUAAAAACAACACUCGAUCUAAAUAAUAAAGAAUAUUUAAUAAAUAAUAAUCUUUUUAUUUUACUAACUAAUGAUGAUAUAAAACAAUUAGAUGAAGUUAUAUUUUGCUCUAAAGAUAAAAAUAAUUAUUUUCCUCUUUCUUAUAUUAAUAAUAAAAAUAUAUCUAUAGAAUAUGAGACUGUUAAAAAUAAUUAUAUGUCUACUAAUGGAAAUAAUUAUGUUUUUUUAAUAAAGGUUUUAUUUUAUAAAAAAAAAAUUAAUUUAAUUUUAGUUGAUUAUAUAAGAGGUGUUAGUGAUCCUAUAGAAUUGGCUAUCCCAUUUUUUUAUUUUGCUACUCAUUCUUAUUUUUCACAGUUUGUCCAUUUUUUUAUAAAAGACAACUUGAUAGGCUGGAUUCAAAAAAGCAAGGCCCUUUACCUCACGUCGAUCAAAAAAAUUAUUUCCUGUUUAGCGGAGAGCACCCACUAUAGCAAAAAGAAGUACGAUGUAAUAUCAAUAGAAAAUAAAAUAAUAUCAAAUAUAUUUUUGUUAGAUUUAUGCCACUCAAUAUUUAAGUUUAUACUAUUUGGAAGAUACAAUCCGAUAAAGGAUUACUCAUUAUAUAAGUCAAUAAGUUUUGAAGCUGUUUUGUUAAAUAUGAUAAGUACAUUUACAUUGGAUGAAUUAAUAAGUUAUGAAAAAUAUUUUGAAAAAAUUAUAAAAAAAGAAACAAAUAACAUAAUUAAUAUUAAAAAAAUAAAAAGAAUGGAUGUAUUUGAAAUUUUAGUUGUACCAUCUAAUAGUUAUAUUAAAUUUCAAAAAGUUUUAUCAAAUGUAUUUAAAGCUAUAUUUGAUUGUGGAGGUAAACAUGUUUCAAAAAUAUUGCAAAUUGCAAUACCACGAGCACACUAUGAUAUGUUAUACAGUUUUAAUUGCUACAAUUAUCAAUUACAUAGUUUUUUAGUUAAUCUUCUUGAUCUUUGUAAUUAUUAUUAUGAACAUUCUGAUGUGGACAAUUUAUUUAAAGAGAGUUACAACAUUCUCAAACAGUUGAUCAAUCUUGCCUUGAAUGAAAUGCCCAACUUGAUUCCUUUCAAUCAUGACAAAGACCUUGUCAAGUAUUUCAUUAUUAUCCUUUACUUCGGAGAUGACAUGUUCUGCCUGGAUAAAGAAAACUCAACGUACAUACAACUCAUAUACGAAUUGAGAUAUUUGAAUAUAUCACAUGCAAUAAUGAUUGCGUAUUUGUAUGGAGAUAAAGUUGGGACCCUUUGUUCAUGGGAAAUAAAAAAUAAAAAAGUAGAAUAUGGAAAAAGUAUAUAUGAUGUACCAAAUUUACUUGAAAUGAAAUAUAUUACUUUUGAAGAUUUUAACAUAUAUUUAAAAAAAGUUGGGAUUGAUAGUUCAAAUAUUAUAGAAUCAACAUCGAUGUUUUUAAAAAGAUUUAAUAAUAUAUAUUUUGGGGAUAUACAUGUAAUAAUAGAAAGUACACAUAAAUAUGUAGUAAGUAUUUUUUUAGUAUCGUUUAUGGCAAAUGUUGUUUUAAUUGCUGGUGAACUUGUAAAAGAUUUGAAAAGAAUUUAUAUAUAUAGAAUAUUUAAAAAUAUAUUUAUUCAAAAUUAUGCUUAUAAUAUAACAAAAUAUUAUACAUUUUGGAAUACUAAAAUAUAUGGAUUUUCUCAAUAUGAACCUGAAUGUAUGUUACUAUUUAAUAAAUAUAAUCUAUAUGAAAAAUAUUACAACACUGGUUCUACACUUAUUAUUGAUUCAUUGAGUUUGCAAAAUCUAGACAGUUUAAAAAAAAAAAAAUUGGAAAAAAAAAAUGAAAAAUUUGAAUAUAAUCAUAAUGGUUCCUCUUCUCUGGCUAGUUACAAUAAACAAAAUAUGCUUUACCAAAAUGAAGAACUUAUAGAAUAUUUUUCUAAAAAAAAAAAUAGCUGUCUAUGUGAUAAAAACAUGAUUAAUAAAUCGAAAGGGGAAUAUGUUGUUAGUGAAUAUUUAGAACUUCGAUACAAAUUUAUGAACAAGAUAAAAAAUAGUAAUAAUAAAUUAUAUAAAAAAAUGUUAAAUUAUAAUUUUUUUAAUGAUCCUUUAGAUAUAUCAUAUAAAACAAAACGCUUUGAAAAUGAACAAUUAAUAGACAUAUGUAAAGAUAUAAAAUUUCAAAAAAAUAAUUUAUGCUUAUUUCAUAAAUCAAGAAUUAUAUUAACUUAUUUAUAUUUAUUAUCAUCACAACCAGAUUUUAUAUUUUAUGUAGUUAGUCCAUUAGUUUUUAUAAAGCCACAAAAAUAUUGUGAUAAAUAUGAUAUACCAUUAGUUUUAAAUCAUAUGCUAAAAAAUCGAAAUUUUUAUAAAAAAAGUUCAAAAAUAUGUAUAAAUUAUGCAUUUGCACAUUUUAUAUCAGUAGGAGAUCAAACAAAAAACUUAGUCGUUACAGCAAAACUUGGUGGGACGAUGGUAAAUAUAAAUCCAAGCAAUUUAUUAUUACUCCUUCCCAUGAGUAAGCGGGUUGAUAUAUUAGAUUAUUCUCAAAACAAUGAAUAUGAUAUUAAAGAAGAAAUAUUAAAUGAAUAUUUUAUAUUAGGUAACCCAUAUACACCUAUAAAUGUUAUUUCAUAUAGUUAUAAAGAUUAUGAUCAACUUAAAAAAAAUUCCCAUGUCACUAUUUUAGGGGCAUUCAUAAAACAAAAUGAUAAAAAUUUUGUUACUUAUUAUAAUAUUACUGAAAAUUAUGAUACAGAAUCUGACUGUUCAACUGGCCAUUUGUUUGAGUUAGACGGGAAACCUAUUUGCUUUUGUAAUACACUAUCAACUCAAAAAAAUAAUGUAAAUAGUGAACAUACCACGGAUGAUACUUAUAACAAUUGUAUAUAUCCAUUUUGUGAGCAAAGUAAACAAUUUUGUUAUCUAAAUGAAAAAUGUGUAGAUGGAAAAUGUGUUUGUAUUGAUGGAUAUUCAAGAAAUCCUAUGAGUUCUUUAUGUGAAAAAAAUAAUGAAUGUAUUUUAAAUUCAGAGGAUACAUGUAAAGAUCCAGGAAUGUGUGUACUUGCAGAUAACCGUUAUGUUUGUUUAUGCCCAUUUCCAUAUGUCCGAGUAUUCAAAGAUUGUUUACACCCAAUGGCUGGAAUAAAAAUGAAGCUUAUAAUUUUUAGCAAUUUUAAAAACGAUUUUUCAAACGAUGAAAAUGAUGCUUUCAAAAAAGAAAAUUUCUAUAUAAACGUAUUUGGCUCUAUGCCUCAAUAUAUUAAGGAAGCCAUCAAUAGCAUAAUUAAAACCGAUCUACGAUAUCGAAUUUACGUUAAACCAAUAAAAAAAUUUAAGCAUGGAAUAAAGACAACAGUAAUUAUAAAUCAAAGGUCUAAUCCCAAUGAACCCACUCCUAUUGAAGUAUUUAAUAUUUUUUUAAACCAAUUAAGUGAUUCUCGAUCAGCUUUAAAUAAUGGAUUUUAUUCAUAUUUUGCCCGGUUUACAUAUAUAGAGUAUGUACAUGCUUUUUCAAGAAAUGAACAUAUUUCUUCUUUUUAUGAAAGUUUCAUAAAAUAUUUGCCAAAUUUUUUGAUCAACAAUUUUAAAGUUGAUAUAUUUAAUGAAACCUCUAUCUUUUUGUGUAUAAAUCUUAUGAUACUAAUUAUUGUUAUAUUUAUGUUGUUUGUUUAUUUUAUAUAUUCGUGCGUGAAAAAUAUGUUUUUAAGUAACGGCCGAAUAAACACCUUUUGA